AAUGUAAGUUAACGGUUUCAACUUUUACUGGGCUUAAGAUAAUAGUUUAAUAACUAUAUCUUAUUGAGAAAACGUGCGCAGCAUCGUGAACAGCUUAAUUUAUGAGUGAAGUUCGAGGUUGGCGUUCCUCUCUUUGGUUUUCUGCUCCAAGGAGCUAAUUUGUACAUCAUUGGGGGUUUACUUCAAACCACUCUUUGAAUUAAAAAAAAAAAAAUCAGUGAGAGUUGUGACCAGAUUAAAUCCAGAUUAACUGAAGCUGUUUUACACGCUCAUGAAAACAUGGAGCAGUACAAUAUUCUGGGUCGGACAGGAGAAGGAGCUCAUGGCAUAGUCUUCAAGGCCAAACAUAUUGAGACAGGGGAGACGGUGGCUCUGAAGAAAGUGGCUCUGAGGAGGCUGGAAGACGGCAUUCCGAACCAGGCUCUGAGGGAGAUUAAAGCACUGCAGGAGAUCAAGGACAACGAGCAUGUGGUGAAGCUGAAGGACGUCUUUCCUCACGGCACGGGCUUCGUCCUGGUGUUCGACUUCAUGCUGUCUGACCUCUCUGAGGUCAUCAGGAAUUCCCAGCGCCCUCUGACCCCUGCGCAGGUCAAAAGUUACAUGAUGAUGCUGCUGAAGGGCAUGGCUUUCCUGCAUCACAACAAUGUCAUGCACCGGGAUCUGAAACCAGCAAACCUGCUCAUCAGCUCCUCAGGCCACCUGAAGAUUGCAGACUUUGGUCUGGCCCGGCUAUUCAGCGAGCAGGGAGAGAGGCUGUACAGCCACCAGGUGGCCACCAG